AUGGCCUCUGGAUACAGCAUGAAGGACCCCAUCUGUCUGGUGGAAAAUCAGAAUAAUCAGCUGACAGUAAACCCAACAGCACUGGAGAUUCUAGACAAGAUCUCUCAGCCUGUGGUGGUGGUGGCCAUCGCAGGUCUGUAUCGGACAGGAAAAUCCUACCUGAUGAACUGCCUGGCAGGACAGAACCAUGGUUUCUGUCUGGGCUCUACAGUGCGGUCUGAAACCAAGGGCAUCUGGAUGUGGUGUGUGCCCCACCCCUCGAAGCCGAACCACACUCUGGUCCUUCUGGACACUGAGGGCCUGGGCGAUGUGGAAAAGGGAGACCCUAAGAAUGACUUGUGGAUCUUUGCUCUGGCCGUGCUUCUGAGCAGCAUGUUUGUCUACAACAGCAUGGGCAGCAUCAACCACCAGGCCCUGGAGCAGCUGCACUAUGUGACUGAACUAGCGCAGCUAAUCAGGACAUAAUCCUCUCCCAGCUGAAGUGAAGGAGAUUACUUAGCCAAGUUUUUGAGUUUCUUUCUAUACUUUGUUUGUGCUGUAUGGGAUUUUAUGCUGGAGUUGAAGUUAGUUGGAGGCACCAUCACUAAAGAUGAAUACCUGGAGAAUGGCUUGAACUUAGUUCCAGGUGAGGAUCCCCAAAUCCAUAAAUCCAACAUGCCUAGAGAGUAUAUCAAGAAGUUCUUUCCAAGGCAGAAGUGCUUUGUCUUUGGCCACCCUACAAAUGGCAAAAUAUUACACUAUGUGGAGAUGUCAGAAAACCAACUAGAAUGGAAUUUUCAGGAGCAAUCCAAAAAUUUCUGUCAAUAUAUCCUUACACAUGCAAAAACCAAGACUCUAAGAGAAGAAAUCAUUGUCACUGGAAUUGGACUAGGGACUCUGGCAAAAGCCUAUGUGGAUGCCAUCAACAGUGGAGGAGUGCCUUGUUUGGAGAACGCAGUGACAACUCUAGCUGAGCAAGAGAACUCAGUGGCUGUGCAGAAGGCAGGUGACCACUACAGCGAGCAGAUGGAUCAGAGAGUGAGCUUCCCCACAGACACGCUCCAGGAGCUGCUGGACCAGCAUGCAGCCUGUGAGAAGGAAGCCAUUGCAAUCUUCCUGGAGCACUCCUGCAAGGAUGACAACCAGGUAUUCCAGAAGAAGCUUAUGGAAACCAUAACCAUGAAGAAGGAGUGUUUCUUGCUGCAGAAUGAAGAGGCAUCUGGCAAAUAUUGCCAGGCUCAGCUUAAGCAGCUUUCAGAGCCCUUGAUGGAAAGUAUUUCAAGAGGAACUUUCUUUGUGCCUGAUGGAUACAAGCUCUACUUAGAAGCAAUGGACAAGCUGGAACAGUCCUAUAACAUGGUGCCCAGGAAAGGAGUGAAGGCACAUGAGGUCCUCCAGAGCUUUGUACAGUCACAGGCUGCAACAAAGGAAUCCAUCCUUCAGGCAGACAAAGCCCUCACUGCUGGGGAGAAGGCUCUAGCAGCUGAGCAUGCCAAGAAUCAGGAAGCUGAGAAGGAACAGGAGCUGCUAAGACAGAAACAGAAGGAACAGCAGGAAAAAUUGGAUGCUCAAGACAAAAGCUUCCAGGAACACCUAGUCCAACUGAAGGAAAAGAUUAGGAGACAAAGCGAAAGCCGCCUGAGGGAGCAGGAAAGAAUGCUGUAGCACAAGCAGAAGAUUCAAGAAGAACUACUUAUUGAGGGAUUUGAAAACGAAUCUGAGAAGAUGAGGAAAGAGAUAAAUCAACUAAAAGAAGAGAUUCAAGAAACUGAAAACAUCUGGCCUUCAAUCUUUGUAGAGCUCUUUUAUAUGGCAGCCAGCCUCACCAUGGCCUCUGGAUACACCAUGAUGCACCCCAUCUGUCUGGUGGAAAAUCAGAAUAAUCAGCUGACAGUAAACCCAACAGCACUGGAGAUUCUAGACAAGAUCUCUCAGCCUGUGGUGGUGGUGGCCAUCGCAGGUCUGUAUCGGACAGGAAAAUCCUACCUGAUGAACCGCCUGGCAGGACAGAACCAUGCUCUGAGAAAAAUGUUCGAUGAAAUGCAAAAGAGAAAUCAGCAGAUGAUGGAAGAGAAAGAAAAGAAUUAUCAGGUACAGAUGAAACUAUUGAUUGAGAAGAUGGAGAUGGAGAAGGCCCAGUUCAUGGCAGAGCAAGAGAGGAUUCUAAAUCUUAAACUUGAGGCAUUCAAAUCUGUCAUCACCAUUUUAUUGUCUACUGCACUGAAUCAAACAUGCUUAGAUGUUAGAUCAUUAUGUAAGAUUAAGAAUUUUUCUAGUUCAAACACUAGUAGACACUUCAUUCUCAUACUGCUUCUACCUGUGACUAUCUCUGAUUACUAA